GGCCUGGAGCAGGAGCUGGCCCUGCAGCUGCAGAUCGCGGAGGCGGCGCGGCGGCUGUGCCGGGAGGAGAACAUCAGCCGGCAGGCCCGGCGGCAGAGGAAGCACGCCAUGCUGCACGAGGAGAAGAAGCUGCGGCAGCUGGAGCGCUGUGUCGGGGAGCAGCGUCGCAACAGCGCCACCCCUCCUGACGCCCUCCCGCUGGGCCGAGAGCUCAGUGCCUCGGAUGACAGCUCCCUGUCAGAUGGACUUCUCUUGGAGGAGGGUGAGUGGAGCAGCUUGGGGAUGAUUGUCAGUGCUGGGCGCCUACCACCAGGUCUCGGGGCCUUUGCAGGGCUUGCUCCUGAGAGUUUCAACGGGCGUGAAGCUUUCGCAGUCCAGUGGGCUGGUGAAGGCCAGGGUCUCAGAUGGGAUGUGAAGUCGAUUUCCAUGUGCUGCUCAGCAGAAGAACCUCAAGGGCCAAAACCUCCCCCAGAGGCUCCGGCUACACCUUCCCGGCCUCCCCCACCCCAGAGCCUUGAGGGGCUGCAGCCAGCAGGACCUGAGACUGGGGGCCUGGAGCGAGCCCCCAUCCAGAAUAGCCCCUGGAAGGAGACCAGCCUGGACCACCCCUACGAGAAGCCCAGGAAGUCAUCUGAGCUCAGCAGCGAGUCUAGCAGCCCAGCCACCACACCCCAGGAUGGGCCCAGCAUGUCCAGUCUGUGGCUGCCAGAGCCGGCCCCCUUCCACGGGGUCCCCACCCUCAGCAUUCCUGGCCAGCAGCAGGGCCACAUCAGUGCCCCAGCCACCCCCGAGAUGCAGGGGAGGAGGGGCCAGUCGCAAUCUCUGCGGGUGGACGCCUUCCGCGUGGGGCUGGAGGGCCGGGGCCGCAGCGCCUUCCCCCGCCGCCGCCCCACUCACUACACGGUGACCGUGCCGGACUCCUGCUUCGCUGUCCCGAAGCCCCCUGUCUACCACUCCUGCUCGGAGGACAGCGGCUCGGACGUCUCCAGUAUCUCCCACCCCACCUCGCAGGGAAGCAGCAGCCCGGACAUCUCCUUCCUGCGGCCCCUCUCCCCGCUGGAGCUCCCUCACCACCACGGGGCUUGGGUCCUGACCACCGGCGGGAGAGAGCUGGUCACUCACUACCCCCAGCUGCUGUUGCCUCCCGGCUACUUCCCGCAGGCAGGGCGCUACGUGGUGGUGGCCGAGAGCCACCCUGCGGCGUACGAGGAGGAGGGGGCGCCCCUGCGCUACCAGCGGCUGGUGGCCGCGCACAGCCGCAUCGUGCGCACGCCCUCCCUGAAGGACAGCCCCGCGGGCCGGGGGCUCAGUAAGGCGGCCGUCACCGAGGAGCUCAGGAGCUGGCACGAGCGCGCGCGCCUGCGCAGCAUUCGCCCCCACUCGCUGGACCGGCAAGGGGCCUUCCGCGUCCGGAGCCUGCCCCCCGGGAGAGAGGGCUUCCCUCGAGCCCUGGGGGCUCGCACUCAGGUCCCUACCGUGUGUGUGCUCCGGCGAUCACCUGAAGGUGCCCCUGUGCAGGUCUUCGUUCCUGAGAAUGGAGAGAUCAUCAGCCAGGUGUAACCAGGCCAGGUGUCCCCUGGGCCCCACGGUUGGAGAAGACUCUUUCAUCUCAGGGCCAGGCCAAAGCCCACCCUGCCCCCUGAGCAUCUCCCUUAAGCUGCCUCACCCGCAUCGCUGGCCGAUGGCCUGGAGCUGAAGCUUUUGGGUUUUUUACUCUUUAUUUUUGUAACAGUUUUGGCACAGAAGCCCUGGCUUGAGGACCUAUAUGCCUUUUGUCCUAAGAUCACUGUCUGUAUGGAGAUUGUGUCUUAAGGCCUCAGAGACUGGCCUCCUGGACUUGAGGCCCUUGCAUACCUGCCUGACAGCAUUUGCCUCCUUCUGCAAGACAAGUGGAGGGCGUUUGAGAAUACCCUGGGCUGUCUCUGGGCCCCUCUGAUCUGAUCUUCUAUGAAGUGGUUCCAAGAGCUUGCCCAGAGACCAGCCCCUGUUACAGGUGGCACACACGCACAGGUUUCUCCCGAUCUCCCGGGUUUCUGGGUACUAUCAGGAUCCACCCCCUCCCACUCCACCCUGGCCUGGGCCAGGGGGAGAACUCCCCCCAUCCCUUGUAUAACGUGCUCUGUGAUGCACACAUCAAUCUGUUGACUGUAAAGGUCAGUGGUGGAAUAUUGUCUUCCUGGCCUUGACUCCUUUCUCGACCUGUAAGCCUUUUGUAGGGGUCUGACUUCCCCUGCCCUCUCCAUGGCCUGGUAGCACCCAGCAACUCUGUUCUACUUGGACCCCACAUCCUGUGUUUGCGGCGUCACCAGACUGUGGCAUCCGAGGGCAGGGCUGGGGCUGGGACCAUCCGUGGUGUCAGUCGAUGGAGAGCGAGCAGCCCACCGUUUGGUCACCCUCUCUAGGUGUCCUGUGGACUUGCAGUUCCACUACACCUUGACCUCUGUUCUUCAUAGUCCUAGAAACCAACAAACCCCAAACGUUACCAAGUUAUUUGGAAGGGCACCCCUCUUUUGUGACAUGUUCUCAAAAGGAUCGCAACCCCUACUCCCCACCCAGCGCGACUUCUGCUCUGAGUUUGUCCAUUUCUCUUGAAAGAGGGAGCAUCCGUGGUGGUGGUGCAGAUCUAGACAUUUCCGCCCCGCUCCCUGGUGAGCUCAGGCUUUUCCUCUAGAAGGCUUCACUUCCCUGCCCCAGGUGCCCAGGUGCAGGCUUGGAAACUGCCGUGCAAAGGAGAGCCAUCUGAUGGUUCCUGGGGUCUCGCGUUCUGGGUCCUUCUUUGCUAUCACGUCAGAGUCCUAAAUAGGGAUCGAGCUUCAAUGAGAAAGCAGCUGUCCUUAGGCGACUUGGUGAGGGCAGGGCGAGUUGAGUUCUGAACUUGCCCACAGUCCAGAGACUGACUGAAGACACUAAAAACGUUGAUGUCUGACACAAAGGAGCCACAGUUCUUCCGAAUGGGAUUGCGCAGGGCGCUAGGGGAAGAACAAGGCAGCCUGGCAGAAGGAGAGGGAGAGGGCUCUGGGGGAAAGUCCCUGGCAUUUCCUCUCUGUACCCUGACUGCAUCCUGCUCUUCCCCCAGCCCCUUUGGGCUGACCUUGCUUCCCAUUAUAUUCACGUGCCUUUCCCCCACUUUGUCUCAGCCCCUUCCUCCAGGGUACGACCACCCUCUGCUAUCCAGAGCUCCUUGGGCUGAGCCAGGAGACAAUCAAGUACUGCCCUCCCCAGCUGAGGGCUCCUUCUAUUAACUUAUUGGUCAUACCUGAUACAUGGUAUACUCAGCUGCAGGGCUAGAACUGUGUGGGUUUUAGUGCCAAACACAUCAAUAAAGUCUGUUCUUUGUGAUUGGUUGGCUGA